UGUCAGUUGACAGUUGGAAUUGGAAGACGUGGUUUGUUGUACCCUGUGGUUGUACCACUGCUCUUGCCUGCCUAUGAAAAUUUAUUUCAAUUUGGAUGUAAAAAAUCAAUUGUAUUUAUAUUUUACCGCAAAUUAAUUGUAAUUAUUAAUAUCUCUCUGUAAUUUGAAACUGAAUCAUGGCGGAUAUAGAAAAAUUGACCAUAAAAGAAAUUUACACUUCGGACAAGAAUGGAAACGAUUUGACUGGCGAUGGAACUGAAGAUAAUCCUUUUAAGACAAUCUUACAAGCAAUGCGUUACGCUGGCAAGGAACCCUUUCCUACCAUUUACGUGGAUGCAAAAGACACGAAUGAAAAAUACGAAGUUGCAGCUAAAUCGCAGUUGAAGAAAAUACAGAAAAUUUGGGUAAGGGAGUGCUACAAAGCUGCAGAUAAGGCCAAGGCUGAAGAGGAGGGUAAUGAAAAGAGAGCACAAAACUUGGAAGAAGCUAAAAAGAUUGUUCUCAAGCUGAACCCUAACCCCAAACCUAAACAUGUGAAAAUAUCUGAAGCACGAGAUUAUCGAGGAAAGCGUAUCUCCGUCUGCGGGUGGGUCCACCGUCUCCGGAGACAGGGUCGUUCGCUCAUGUUCCUCACGCUGCGAGACGGCACUGGCUUCCUCCAAUGUGUGCUGCACGGGGAGCUCUGCCAGACCUACAUCGCUCUGGUGUUGUCCACGGAGUCCUCGGUCAAACUGUGGGGAAACUUGGAGGUGGUGCCUGAGGGUAAAAUGGCACCAGGAGACCAUGAGUUGACAGCAGAUUACUGGGAGUUGGUCGGCCUGGCGCCACCAGGCGGCGCUGACGCCAUCCUCAACGAAGAAGCUCUGCCUGAUGUACAACUUGACAACAGGCACAUAAUGAUUCGCGGUGAGAACACAUCGAAAGUACUCCGGGCGCGCGCGGCUGCGGUGACCGCUUUCCGCGAUCACUUCGCCUCUAGAAAGUACACUGAGGUCCAACCACCCACUUUAGUACAGACCCAAUGCGAAGGAGGCAGCACACUCUUCAAGUUUGACUAUUUUGGUGCGAAGGCGUACCUAACUCAGAGCUCCCAGCUGUACCUGGAGACCUGCUUGCCGGCCCUGGGAGACGUGUACUGCAUCGCGCAGUCGUAUCGCGCGGAACAAUCUAGAACCAGGCGCCAUCUUGCCGAAUACAGUCACGUGGAAGCGGAGUGCCCCUUCAUCUCGUUCGAGGACCUGCUGGACAGGAUCGAGGACCUGGUGGUGGACGUCGUCAACAGGAUCCUCAAGUCCCCCGCCCGCGAUCUGGUGUACGAUCUCAACCCUAACUUUGUGCCACCAAAGAAGCCAUUCAAGAGGAUGACAUAUGUGGAAGCGAUUGAAUAUCUGCGCAAGAACAAAAUUACUAAGGACGAUGGAUCCUUCUACGAAUUUGGGGAGGACAUCCCAGAAAUGCCGGAACGCAAGAUGACAGACGAAAUCGGUGAGCCGAUUCUCCUAUGCAAGUUCCCGGCAGAAAUCAAAUCGUUCUACAUGCCCCGUUGUAAGGAAGACAAGCGGUUGACCGAAUCUGUGGACGUACUGAUGCCAGGCGUCGGGGAAAUGGUCGGGGGCUCCAUGAGGAUCUGGGAUUAUGAUGAGCUCAUGGAAGGUUACAAGCGUGAAGGAAUCGACCCCACUCCAUAUUACUGGUACACGGACCAGCGGAAGUUUGGUUCCGUACCUCACGGCGGCUACGGAUUGGGGCUCGAGCGAUUCCUCUGCUGGCUCCUGGACAGAUACCACAUUCGCGAAGUCUGCCUUUACCCGCGCUUUUUGGACCGCUGUACACCAUAAACACCUUCAAAUUUGGAAUCUUAUAUAUUUUAUUCAUUGCGCAUAUUGAGCGGCCAGUGUUUGUUUUUUUUUUAUUUGGCAUUUAUCUCAGGGCUGGAUAAAAUUAUUAUGUCAUACCAAAUAUUACAAAUGUAAUUUAUUUAGGUAUUUGCAUCAUGCAUCUGAAUUUAUAAUUAGACUACCUAUGUUGUCUACUUGUAUUUUGAAUAAAGACGUGAUAUAUGCGUAUGUGGCAUUUUGUUGAGCAUUUUUAGAUAAGAUAAUAUUUUUUCCCAUUACUGACUUGAAUGUUGGUCAUACGAGUAUAGAUACAUAUGACUUCAUAGAAUAAGGAGUGUUAAUCAUUCCAAGUUGUAUUUCAAUUUUUGGCAUUUAAUAAACGGCUUGUUACAAA